AUGGCUACUGAUGCGUGGGACUCAAGGAACAUGAAGUCAUGGAAGGAGGCUUUUCAGUAUCCAAUUCCCACCGUGCGGAAGGUCGAGCAGGAAUUGCGCUGUGACAUUGCGAGUAACAGAGAGAAGCUGCGGUCUUUAGUAGGAACACGCUAUCGUGAACUCCUGGGAACCGCCGAGACAAUCGUUGAAAUGAAUGCGGAGAGUUCGGAGGUCGAGACAAAGCUGGCCAGCAUUGGAAUCCGUUGCAACACUAGCUUGAUUGGCAAGAAGUCCGUGAAUUUAACAGACAUCAAGCGAGAAUCCACAGGCAAGAGUGAAAACGACAGAGCGCUGGCCGGGCAGUUGGUGCUCCUUCAUCGCUGUACCACCGUGACAGGGAGGCUUUUGCGCAAACAUGAUUCACCGCUAUUGGCCUCGAAAUUGAUGGUGAUUUCAAGGCUUCUCUACAAAACUCUCUCGCAGACUCCAAAUGCGCCCCCAUUUUUAGAAACCCUACGCUCGCAGUUAAGUUCUGUACAAAGAUUGAUACGUCGGAGAAUUCUUCGAAUAUUGGGUUCUGCCAAUUCGAGCAUUGAAGAUAUCAUUGACUCCAUGGCCGCUUUUUGUCUCUCGGACAACGCAUCAUCUCUCGACGCAAUAACACAUUUUCAUGCCAUUCGGUUUAGUUGUAUCGAGAAGCCCAGCGAGAAUGCAGGCGAAUAUAUCCCAAAGGCCCUGGGUCUCUAUGUUCAGACUCUCCAAACCACAAAAGCAAUUUUCUCCCGUCGACUAUCAGAUGCGCUGGGCAAGCUUCAGGCCCAACCUCUGCUGAAUGAUAGCAAUAUCCGAAAUCUCGAUGAUCUUGAUCUCGACAUCCUUGGACGAUGGGUCACCACAGAUGUGAAGAAUUUCACUCCCUGGAUCAAGUCCGACGACCUGUCAAGACAGUCGGCCGAACAUAUACUUAAAACUUGGUCUAAUAAGGCAUUCCAUAGGUUCCUAGAGUGUGGCGCUGUCUCUCUGAGAAAUGCGACUGACUUUGCGCAAGUCCUUUCACUGCGGAAGAGAGCAAUAGAUAUCUGGCUUUCCGCAGUGGCGGUAACACCAACUCACUCAGCAGUCAGUAUAUUAGAAGGCCUCAGAGACGUCUUCAACACGCAGUUGAAGUUGGUUUUACUCAAUCAAGCUCAACGAUUGCUUUCCGUUGGUGAUGGAGUCAAAUCGCACAUAGAGCAAUGGACACAAACUGACGGAGGUACAUCGCAGUCGCUGUGGGACGCUAAUGUGACAUCUCUCGAGGUCUCCGACGGUGCCACUGUUUUCAAGCGAGUGCUUACACAGACACUGCUCGGUCAAGAUUCAAGGAUUGCGAAUAUAUUGGAGACAUAUGACUCAUGGUUAGUAGCUAUCGAGAAUUCUAGGCGCUCGGUUGAUGAAAUGCGGCACACGAAAUGGGAAGAUACUUUUGACGAUGACGAUGACGAUGAAGAAUUUCCAACUAGUUCUGUGGAACUGCUUAACCAAGAUGACCCCCGCCAGUUACGCGAGGCGCAAAAGGAUGCAGUCGGACAGGCGUUUUUGGAUCUACAGAGAUGCUUCAGUGGUGUCAUUGAUGCUUUCGGGGACUCGGAGAAUAGCCUCAAAGCUGCUUUUGUUUUGCGACUAAUCAGAGACUUGAGGCGAGGCAGUCCGUCAGAAAUACUACAAGAUGAUGGCUUGGACUUUGCCCAAGAUAUUGUACCAGGCUUGCAGCAAACUCUAGCAGAGGAAGUUCUCACCAGUGUACCAGCAUCAAAAAUUCUUCCAUCUCCAAAACGCAGCACUCUAUCGCGGGUUCCUGGGCGUACCUUAUGGGAGAAAAACCCUGAAUUACCCAUCCAGCCGUUGCCGUCAACAUUCAAAUACUUUCGGCGUCUUGUCGAGGCUAUGGAGAGCUUGGGCCCGGAUCUAUGGAAUUCCUCUGCCGUGAUUGUACUGAAGAAGACUGCACACAAAAAUGCCGUCGACUCCUUCUCUGCGAAGUUCGAAGAAUUGAAAAUGUCUGCGAAGCAGACGGAGAAUGCCAAAGAGCAGAUUGAGAAGGACAAUUCCACAACCGAAGGAGACGACUUAACAACGCCAGACCUUGUGCGGGACUGGAAGAUUCAACUGUUGCUCGAUGCAUUCUACGUCCGAGAUGUGCUAUCAGUCCCACCUGAUGAGACGGAACCCAUGAACAAGUUUAUAGAAACCUUGCAGGGUGAAGUCGAAGAACAGGACGGGGCAGUCGGUGCAUUGCAAGAAGCUGCACAUGAGUUCUGGAAGCGAACAGAAAUGCUUUUUGGACUGUUAGCGACCUAG